AUGUUGAUACUGAAGAGAAGAAAUGAAUGUUUUCUAGCAAUAUUACUGCUGCAUCAGGCAGGAGCCUUUAUGGGAGGGCGAAUAAAAUCACCCUCAAGCACACCAUCAUCCUUCGACGAGAAUCCCUUGUUUGACACACGCACUCAUCUUUCCUCGCCUGCUUCAACCUCAUCUUGGACGACAUCUCCUCAUCGUCGAAGAAAUAUGUCACUGACACGGGUUGCCCUGGACCCCCUUACUGAAUCGUCAUCAUCUCCACAAAGCGAAAACGAAAACGAAAAAGAGGCUAGUGUUAUACCGGAUUCUGAUCAAUCAUCGCGGAACAAGAGAUCAGUAGGACGAAAGCAGAAACCACUUCGCUACAAUACUGCCAUGGGGGAUACUCAGUUCUUGCGCAAACGAACUGACGAUUUGCUGCGAACGACUUCAAUGGACAACCUCGAUGACGAUGGCAACAUCAUCGUGCCCAGUUUAGGGUUGAAAGUCAAGACGAAAACCUUUCACUUUCUGAUUGAUGCUUGGGCUUUUUCCGGAGAAGUAGAUGCUGCCGAUCAAGCGCUCACAUUGCUCGAUCGAAUGGAAGAAUUGGAAGACAUUGACUGUCCUUCCAAUGUAAGACCCAACGUUAGAAGCUAUACCAAGGCCAUCAACGCUGUAGCCAGAUCUAUGCGACCUGAUGCUGGUGAAAUUGCUGAUGGUCUUCUAGAAAAGAUGGAUGUCCUUAGCACAUCUGGGGCAAAUCCCUUGGCCAAGCCUAACGCGUUUACCUACACGGCUGUGAUUGAGGCCCAUGCCAAUAGUGGCGCCACUGGGGCUGCCGAAAAGAGCGAGGAAGUUUUGGAUACCAUGAUUCAAAAGUUUGAAAACGGUGAUAAGGAUGUCACACCCACCUCACGAUCUUUCAAUGCUGUUAUUAAUGCUUACGGAAAGAGCGGAAACCCCGGAUCUGCCGGCCAAGCAAAGCAUCUCUUUGAUCGCAUGAGCAAUCUGUACAGGUCGGGAGUUCAAGGUUGCAAACCAAACACUUUUGAUUACAAUAGUCUUAUCAUCGCUCUAGCCAACUCGGGAGAAGAAGGUUCCGCAGAACUGUCAGCAGAAGUCUUGAAGCGAAUGGAAAAGACCUUCAAUACGGAGAAGACUGACUGUAGACCAACCACGGUCACAUACAAUGCUGUGAUCAAUGCCUUCGCCAAGAGCGGUAACAAGGAUUCUGCCCAACGGGCGGAAGAAAUUCUUCUCAAGAUGGAAAAAUUGUACGAGGCGGGAGAAGAUGUCCAACCAAACACGCGAUCCUUCAACUCGGUAAUGAAUGCAUGGGCCAAGAGCACACAAGACGAUGCAGCAGACCAUGCUCAAGAGUUGUUUGAUUUCAUGAAUGGAUUGUACAAGAAGACCAACAAGUCUGUGAGGCCAGACGUACACAGCUUUUGUACCGUCAUCAAUGCCUGGGGACGUAGCCAAAAGGCCGGCAAGGCAGAGCAUGCCAACGACAUCUUUGAAUCAAUGAUGAAGCAAUACAAGAACGGAAACAAGACUCUAAAGCCCAAUGUUGUUGUAAUCAACGCUGUGAUAAACGCCUGUGUCUACACCUAUGGAGAUUGGGAUGAGCAACAACGCUCCAUGGAGAUUGCGCACAACCAACUCAAGCUACUAGAAUCAUCUGACUAUGGAAUCGCCGACCAUUUGACCUACGGAUCCUUCCUGAAGGUCUGUGCCAACCAAAUGCCAGACGGUGACUCUCGGAGGCAAAUCUCUGAAGUGAUUGUCAAGAAAUGCAUACGAGACGGCCAAUUUGGAAACCUCGUUUUGCAACAGCUACGAACGAUGGGGCCACCAGAUAUGUAUCAAGCGUUGGUGGGACGGAACAUAGAGGAGGAGAUCACCUUGGAGGACCUUCCUUCAAGUUGGUAUUCCAAUGUUGUGGAAGGAAAGUGGGCCCGUCGAAGGAAUUAUUAA